GGCAGCCGGGCCGCGCGUUCCCAUUUCUCACGUAAACACACCACAAAAUAAACAAAAUACGAUAGCCCUGGCUGUAUGCAACUCCGCAUAAAUAAAACCUCUAUCAGAACCAAUUAAAAAAUAAAAAUCCGAACACGCUUUCGCGCCAUAACGAACUGUCAAAGUGCAUUCAAAUAAGGAAUUGAUGGAAUUGAAAGCAAUAAUAAACGUGUUAUUAGUUUUUUAAAUAUCGAGUGUUUUAAUUGAUAGAUUACUCGUUUUUUAAUCUGUGGUUCCGAGUUGUUGUUGUCGGUUUGAAGUUAUGUUAAGUGCGAUUUUCAAUUGAUAACGUUCAAUUAUAAUACUAGUGUUGAAUAAUUACCUAAUUAGAAUUAAAAUUGUUGUCGUUGAAAAAAAAAAUAAACAACGAAAAAGGCAAUAAUCGUUAAGUUUUAAAAAUUGAAUAAUAAAAUACGACCUAAUUAGAAUAAAAAUUUGAGUAGUGAUAAAAGUAAAUCGAAAGCAAUUAAUUAGUCAAUUUAAAAAUAAUAAUAAAAGUCUGUGAUUGAGUUCUAUUAACCCCAAAGUAAAGUGUAAGUUCUAAAGUAUUGGGGUCUUCUAAAGUGGUGCGGUAAAAGUGGUGUAAAAGUGUGUAAAGUAUAAAGUCUUACACGGACACGUGAAGAAGUUUUACUAAAGAGUGGCUUUUGAAAAGAGGAGGCAGUUACUCAACUUAAAGAUGGCGUUCGCAGCAGCUCGCAUGAUCCUGAAAGACAAACGGCGAAAGGCUUCAAAGGAAGACUUCAGGGAUCCCAGAAACAGAAGCAAGGCUCGGAGCGCUAGCACCAGUAGCUUUAGGAGUGUAAGUCAGGCUCGGAACAAGCCAGCUGAUGGUGGUGGUCACGUCAACCAGAAGAAUGCAGCGGGUCAAAAGUCUACCGCACCUUGUCAGAAAGGUGGCCCAAAAACCCCCGUGAAGCCAUCAGCGCAGAAGGGCGCAGCGAAGACCGCUCCGCCGAAGCAAGCAGCAGCAGCAGCGGCAGUGAAGACUCCUCAGGGCAAGAAGAAGAAAGGGCACAAGCACCAGCAAUAUGAACUGAUUGUCACCAUCAAUCUGUCUGAAUAUGGCCUCACGGAAGAGCAAGUUGCAGAAUUCAAGGAAGCCUUCAUGCUGUUCGACAAGGAUGAAGAUGGCACCAUCACGAUGGCAGAGCUUGGAGUGGUGAUGCGAUCGCUUGGACAACGACCUUCAGAGACGGAGCUGCGAGACAUGGUGAAGGAGGUGGACCAGGAUGGCAACGGCACCAUCGAGUUCAAUGAGUUCCUCCAAAUGAUGUCCAAGAAGAUGCGCGGGGCUGAUGGAGAAGAUGAACUCAGAGAGGCUUUCAGGGUAUUCGACAAGAACAACGACGGUCUGAUAUCAUCGGUGGAGCUGCGUCACGUGAUGACCAACUUGGGGGAGCGGCUGAGCGAGGAGGAAGUCGACGACAUGAUCCGCGAGGCAGACCUCGACGGUGACGGCAUGGUCAAUUACGAUGAGUUCGUGACAAUAUUGACGUCGAAAAACUAGUAUGCAGACCCAAGGCCGAAGAGAGAACCUCCCGGAAGCCAGUGCCCUUACGCGUACCUUCAGAGGUACGGAGGGAAAGAAACUUUAAUCUAGUCCUAAAUUCAUAGACGUGUUGCUAAAGUGGAUCAUUUAAUAGAAACGCGCUUGGUGGCAGUGUAUACGUACCCUUAACUCAGUUUCCGAUUCCGCGAUUUUUUGUCGCAAUAACAGAUUUUUUGUCGUACCGGCGAUUUUUUUGUCGCAUGUCGUUUAACAGCUGUGUUGUGUGUAGUACUGAUUAGUAAAGUUGGUGUGUGUGAUAGUUGUUUUUGUUUUCAUGGCUUGAAGUGUAUGUUAAGGCCUUAAGAAUACAUGUCAUGUUGCAUUUUAAAAAUAAAAGUAUAUUAAAUUAAAAUGAAGUUGUACCGGUUUUAGUUUGACUGUAUUGUGAAAAGAAUGACUAAAAUUAAGACAAAAAUUGCUCUUAGUCAUUCUUAAAAAAAUACAGUCAUAGGCGUAAAACUCUUAGAGCAUUAUUAAAAUAAUACUUAGCUUAUUACAACAACACACUUAAACAAAUCAGAUCGUGUGAGUAAAAAACGGAUUUUGCAAGUAAAAAACGGAUUUUACGAGUAAAAAACGGAUUUUGCGAGUAAAAAACGGAUUCGUUCUUAAUAUUUAUGCUCUAAGAAUAAAUUCAAUUUUUAUUUUUGUCCAUAAAGACUUCGCGAUUUCCGUUCAAACGUGUUAACUAUGUGUAAGUAAUAAUACAUUAAUGGAAAAUAAAUAAUAGUUAAUACUAAUAAUAAUGAUAUUAUGCUUAAUUAAAAAAUGCGUCGAUGUGCAUUAGUAACAUUUUAAUGUAUAUUUUUUCAUUUCUUAUUUUGAUAAUUUUUCUAAAAGCAGAAUUGUUUUUAAAUUUAAUUUUGAUUACCAAUCAAUCAUUUUUUUUUUUACUAAAAUUGCGUUAUUGCCUAUAAAGUACAUCAUAAAUAAAAUAAUUCAUAUACCAUAAAUACACAUUAAAAGAUAAAAACACAUCAUGUCAGUGUUCUGCUUUUGUGAAAUUAAAUAUAGUGAAAAGAGUCUUAAAAUUAAUAUAAAAACAUAUAUAAAUAACCAGUAAAUUAACUAUAUAGAAGCAAUUAGAUGAAAUAGAUUGGCUAAGUACUCGUGAACAUUAAAAGAAAAUAGAUUUUAAACAAAAUGUUCGGUUGUGUCAACAUUUUUUGUAAAAAAAAAUUACAUUAAAAAGUAAUAUAACUUAUCGAAAUUUCUAGAAUCGUACGUAUACACGUUGUAUGAAUUUGUGUAUGUAGAUUUAGAGGAAAAAAAAAUGUAUGUGUAAUGUAAUGUCUACUGAAAAGUUUCCGUUAGUCUUCCAAAAUGUGGAGGUUGACUGAACAAAAUGAUGAGCCAAAUGUUAACUGCGUUCAUUAAUGUUACGAGUAAUCGAAAAAAAAAAUAUUUAUAGUUCUAGCAAAAUAAUGGCUAAGGUGAUUUUAUUUAAUAAUCGUAAUAAAAAAAAUUAAUAAUUGAGGAAUUUUACCAAAAUCAAGCGAAAAGGGUACUUAUAUAAAAUAAUAUAACGAAAUAGAAAAAUUUCUACAUUUUGCUAAGCUCUUAAUAAAGACUAUAAUAAAUAAAAUUUUAAUGGAAAACGUUUAGGAGAUUAAGAUCAUCGUGACGCCCAAUUUUAUUUUAGACAAAAUUAUUUAUAUUACAUUAAUAUCAAAAAAUGGCGAAAGAUUUAAAUGUUAGAUUUUAACCUCACACAUUUAUUUAUAUUUUAUCCAAUCAUAAAUAUAUUUAUUUUUGUCAAAUACAUUAAUAUCUAUACAUAUAACAUACAAAAUAAUCAAAUUUUAGUUUUAAUAAAAAUAUUAUUAUGUAUUUUUGUAUUUACCUGCAAUAAUUAUUGUUUACUUAUAAUUAUUUUAGUAAUAAUCAUAAUUAUUAUUAAUUUGAUCUAAAACCAUUUUGCGACAAUAAAAAUACUUACCUACUUAAUUUUAAAAUAGGUCAAUUUUAACUUAUUGAGAUAUAUUAUCUAAUAUUUUAAAACCAAAUUAUAUUUAAAGAUAAUUAUAUGAAGAGACAUUUUAUUUAUAAUAAUAUUUUAAAUUGUAAUUAUAGUACAAAAUUAUUUAACAAUUAUAUUACAAUUUGAAUUAUAAAUUCAGUAAAUUUUAAGUGAAAAUAAACAUUAUUUACUCGAUAUUUUAUGUCACUAUAUGUAAUUUAACAUAAAUAUUUUAUUUAUGUGACAUUAUAUUUAUAAAUGAAUAAGUUAAGUUUUAUAUCACAAUGUUUUAAUAAUCAUAAUAAAUAUUAUUAGCUGGCAUAGACGUUAAUAGUAUAAAUUAUUAAAAUAAUAAUAAUAAUAGCAUGUUCAUCGUUACGGGAACGCUUCUUUGGCCGCCUGAAUAAAGUGCUGGAAAGUUCAUUAUCAGGCGGAAACAAGGUGCGAGCCUAUAACGGUUGGGUCAUGCCGGUUCUGAUGUAUUCUUUUGGUAUACUCAAGUGGACUCAGACUGAACUUGACACCCUGGAUAGGCGAGUCCGAACACUGCUGACUGCAAAUCGUAUGCAUCACCCUCGUUCAUCGAUCAUGAGGUUGUAUAUCCCGCGGAAGUGUGGGGGUCGAGGCUUAUUAAAUGCUAAGACCCUUCAUAACCGUGAGGUGUGCAACCUCAGGGAAUAUUUCCUGAAAGUAAACGAGGGUAUGCAUCGAGAAGUAGCAGCAGUGGACAAUGGAUUCACUCCACUAUCUUUAGCAAAAGAGAACUGGCGUAAACCUGUGGUACUGAGCGUCAAUGACCGCAAGGAGGUAUGGCAUAGCAAGGAGCUCCAUGGACGCUUCUUCCGGGCCCUUCAUGGACCCAGUGUAGAUUUUCUGGCGUCCGUAUCUUGGCUACGAUUCAGUAAUCUCUUUGGAGAAACUGAAGGAUUUGUCUUUGCAAUUAUGGACGAAGUUAUCCUUACGAAUAACUACCGGAAAUAUAUUAUUAAGGAUGGGACCGUUGACAUAUGUCGGGCAUGUCAUAGUCCUGGUGAAUCCAUAAGACAUAUAAUUUCUGGUUGUGGUCGUUUGGCUAAUGGUGAAUAUUUGCAUAGACAUAAUCAGGUGGCCAAGAUUAUCCACCAGCAACUUGCUUUGCACUACCAACUUGUUGAGUUUGAGGUUCCAUACUACAAGUAUGCGCCCGAUCCAGUUCUCGAAAACGGCCAUAUCACGUUGUACUGGGAUCGAUCUAUCAUCACUGACAGGACUAUUGUAGCCAAUAAACCUGAUAUAGUGGUGAUAGACCGACAAGCGCGCCGCACGAUGAUAAUCGAUAUCACCAUCCCUCAUGACGAGAACCUCGUGAAAGCUGAAAAAGAUAAACAAAUAAAAUAUCUUGACUUGGCUCACGAGGUUGUCGACAUGUGGAAUGUGGAUUCGGCUAUCGUUGUGCCGAUAGUCGUGUCGGCCAACGGAUUAAUACCCAACAGCCUCGACAACCACCUCAGGAGGCUGGGGUUAGGCGGAUGGAUCAAGGGCCUGAUGCAGAAGGCAGUACUCCUCGAAACGGCACGUAUUGUGAGAAGGUUUCUGUCUUUGGAGCCCUAACCACCGGUAGCUUGGACCAUGCUCCCGCUACUGGUCGGCUCCUAUUUUUAUAUUUUUAAAUGUUAUUUUGUUUUUUAUUUUUAUAAGUAAUGUUUAAAAAUAUAAUUUUAGAGUGUUAUAAAUAAAUAUAUCAAUAGUAUGUUCCAAAUAUAAUAAAAUAAAACAAAACUAAUCGGGGCUGAAUAUUCAAAUAGUUGUUAUAAUAUAAAUGUAAUUAUUAUGUCGUAUUUAUUAUUUAAACAAUACAUAUUUAUGGUAUAACUUACAAUCACGUAAUAUAAGAUUUAAAAUUAUUAUACAAACGCUUUUAAAAUGACAUAACAUAACGUAAAUGUAAAAAAGUAAAAUCUCAUUAUUCAUUUUAGUAAAAUUUCAUUAUUUAUUUUACAAAAUUUAUGAGAUUAUGUUCUAUAUCUAAAAUAAAAUUAUUUAUAUAAUAUUAUUUUUGAAUUUUAUGCCUAAAAAUAAACGUUUUAUCAAAAUAUUAGACCCUGUAAUUAAUAAUAUGUUUGGGUCAAAGCCACUAAAAUAUGUUUACAUGUGUAAAAACUCAUUAUUAUAUGUAUUAAAGUUAUGUAUGUAUAUGCAAGUUAGACAUUUGAUGUAAUUAGAUACAUAUACAAGCUUCGUAUAAAACAAGAAGGAUUUUAAUAAAAUUGAUAUGUGAA